UCAUCCCAAGCAGCAUAUCCUCAAACACGCAGCUCUCGGGACGUGAGCUGCGGACACGUCGAAGGCUUUAUGACAUCCUGGGUCACACAAAAAGAGUCGUCAGGGGUGGUUUGAGAACGAUGGGACGCAGCAACAGCUCGUGACUGAUUGUAUUCCUGUGGAGAGGGCUUGGCCAGAGCGAAACACCUCUGGAGCACUAGAUGACACACAGCUCGAGCAGCUUUAAAAACCUGGUGAAGAAAAAUCUAAAUUGUGUCCUGAAGCUGAGGUGCUUUUCUUGAGAAUUCUUGGCGGACAUGGGUAAUGGAAUAAACAAGGUCCUGCCUGAUCUUUAUCUAGGAAAUAUCAAAGAUGCGAGAGACGGAGAGCUGUUGGCUAAGCACAACAUCACCCACAUCUUGUCCAUCCAUGACACAGCUGCACCCAUCCUGGAGGACAUGACGUACCUGUGUAUAUCUGCUGCUGACCACUCUAAGCAGAACCUGACUCAGUACUUCAGAGACAGCAUCAUGUUUAUCCACGAGUCCCGACUGAAAGGAGAGGGCUGCCUCGUCCACUGUGUUGCAGGAGUGUCCCGCAGUGUGACUCUGGUGGUGGCUUACAUCAUGACAGUGACCGGUCGUGGCUGGGUGGAGUCCCUGGCGGCGGUGAGGGCGGCUCGGCCGUGUGUGGGGCCGAACCUGGGCUUCCUCAGGCAGCUGGAAGAGUUUGAAAACACAGAACUGACAGAAUAUAGGGCCUGGUGGAAGGAUCGAUAUGGGAAGAAGAACUCGUUUAAUGACGAUGAGGAGGUGAAAACCCUUUUAACUCAGAAGUCUAACAGCAGCAGCAAGACCAUAACGACCAGCAUCCCUCCUGCACUGGGCACCAGUGGCACCUGAGAGAACGUCUUCCCGUCAGUCUCGUUUUUUCCUUGAACUCAAGCAGCCGAGGACUGUGAGCUUCUGCCUGGACCAUUAAACCCUCCGAGACCAGACCAGCUGCCUUCAUCGUCAAUCCUGCAGAUAAAAAAGCCACAGCAGGGGUCUGCUUUCGUUUUAUCGAUACAAUAUGUUGAAUCUCAUGUUUGCAGAAGUAGUCAUGUGACGAGAGGGGGUUUUUAUGUCAUUAUCUCAGUCCCCCUCAUCAUGUCAUGUCCUUGCUUCUAACUGUCAAAACAACAUGCAAGGGCAGUCAAGCACAACACCAACGAAAUAUGUACAUACAGUCCACAGUGUGAACACACAUUUAGCUGUGUGCACUCCCCGUCAGUUAUGUUAUGCUGUGUCCUCUACUUGAAAUAUGAGUAUUACUUUCUGUAGACACCGUGGAAGCUGAAGAAACGCUGUAUCUUCCAGUAACACAGGGCCAGAAGCAGUAUUUAUACAUUUAUAACUGUUUUAUUCCUUUAUUGAACAUAUUAUUGUUGAAUUAUAUUAUUUUUGUUUUAAUGUCAUCAGCUUGUGGAGUUCAUGAUUCACACUGACAUUUAUUUUACACAUGUGAAUUAGCAUUUUAUUUAAUUAAAUACCCAUUAAAGUGAGACUUAAUUUGUCAGGUGAAUGUUUCUUUAUCUAUCUAGAGCAGGAAAAAGACUGGAAAGUAAAAAAUACAUAAUGCUGCUACACUAAAUGUGUAAAUGUACAUAGACUUUCUUUUCAAUUACUGGAUAUUUAAGACAUUUCAGACUUUUAUAAAAUAUUCAAACAAAUCAAAAGAGGGGAAAAAACUUUGGUUGAGUUGGUCACAACUGGUCAGUGGAAGAAGUUUAGUUCCUUUACUUACAUAAAAGUAACAAUACAAAAAGUAUCUCUUAACUUUUUUGAAGAUGUUUAUUCAUAUUAACUUUUUUGUGAUUGUUGUUGAUGUUAGUGCAUUAAAGCUGCUACAUGAAUAAAGUUAUUAGUAAAAGUACCUUAAAAUUGUUCUUAAGCACAAAACCCUACUAUUUCAUGUAGUUUUUGGUUUUUAAUAACUUGUACUUAUAGGUAGAUCCCACCACAGCAGCUGGUGACAGAUAUCAGAAGUAAUCUAUUUUAAGGGGUCACAAUCCAAAGAGGAGUGGAAGAAUCAUAGUAACUAAGUACAUUUACUCAAGUACUUUCCUUACAGUAAGUACAAUUGUGAGGUAUCUGUACUUUACUCAGUAUUUCUAUUUUAUGCCACUUUAUUUUCACUGCUAUUUAUCUGACAGGAACACUUUACAGGUGGAGAUUUUAAGAAGAAAAAACAUGUUUCAGUUUAUGAAAUAUGACAUAAUGAUGUUGUUAAAGCACAACAGAAUAUGAGCUCCACCUCAGCAAACAAUUAAAGAACAGCUUUAAUGCAUCAGUCCAAAAAUAUUUACAUUACACUGAGAGAAAUGUUGUGCUUUGUAUUCCACUGCAACUAAAUGUACUAAUUACUUUACAGAUUAAGAUUUUAUACUAAAAUUCUUCAUAAUAAUGUGAUGCUCCGAUUUACAGGUUAAUGCACUUUAUUCCAACACUGACAGCAGCCAGUACUGCAGAUACAAUACUUUGAGUACAAUCUGUACCUUAAUUCAAGGUGUUGAAUGCAGGACAGGAUACGGAUCUUCCAUCGCUGCCACAAAGGUCGUAAAUGACUGAUUUAGAGCGUUAAAGUGAGUUUUGUAUAUUGAACUUUUAAUAAACUCAUAUUUGUAAGGC